UUUGUGCGGCAGUAUUAUUUUUUUGGCCCGACCUGACCUUGUUUGGACGUGUCGCAAGAAGAGCCCGGCCUUUGGCGUGCCCUUCGUCAACGGCCCUUCAUUCGUCGCUCAAUUAUAUAGGUCAAGUAUCAUAUGUAAUGAAGCGCCAACGCUUCCAGCCUGACGCCAGCGAGGGGUGUGGCGAUGGCGCCAAUGCCGCACAUCCGCAGGCGCGCAAACGCCCGGCUCCGUUCUGUCCGCCGCUGAUUCGAGCUGUGCCUGCUGCUGCCACCAGCUAUGCAGCAGAUGCGACUAGUGCUCCAACCGCAGCUGCAGCUGCUGCAGCGGCCAAGGCAGGUCCCACGCCCGGGCCCUCGCCGAUCUCGGCGCCUUCGAACCUCCGCCGGCCCUCACCAAAACGGACAACCAGCUCCGCCUCCCUACCCUCGCCGUCCGUGGCGGCGCAGCCAGCCGCUGGCCGAGCGCCUUCGGUCCCUGGACUGCGGCGCCAGCUGGGUGCGCCGACGCUGGCACGGGCCCAGGCCUCUAUGGCCCAUCAGCCUCUGGAAGCGGAGGCCACCAGGGGCGGCAGCAGCCACUGCCCAGCCCGGAAGACGCCAGCGCCCCGGCCCAGAACUACUGGGGCAGCACCCAUGCCGUCAGUGUCAAGGGCCGCCGCCAAGCCGCCACGCGAGUCGGAUGUAGCUGCCGCUGCUGUGGCUGUCGAAGCGCAAGGCCCGCAGGGCCCGACCCACAUGGCGGGUUCAGUCAGCGGUGCUGCCAAGAGCUAUGAUGAUGCCGGCGGCGCUCGCAUUGCAGGCGUAGCUGCUUUGAAGGAGCUUGACACGGUCCAAAGCGACCAGAGCCCAUCUGGGUCAACUGAGCCCAGAGGAGCGGCUGGCAGCAACAGCGACCACGCAGCAGGGGAUUCGCCCGAGAGGGAGCAGCAUGUGGGCACAGACGCGGCUGCGGGUGCACUUGCAGGGGACGGCGCCACGCCGCAACCUGCCACAGCGAGCCGGCGGCAGAGCGUUGCUGAUGAGGAGGCGCCGGCAGAGCGCCGCGUCAUGAGCACCAGAACGCCCGCGCCCACACCCACUCCUACACCGCCUGCCGGCACCAGCUCCAACGCCGCCGGCGUUUCCGCACACACAGGCGAGACAGCCGCAGCAACAGCAGCACACGGACCAUCCUUGAGUCCCAGCCCUGCGCCGGCGCUGCUUCGUGCGGCUGAAUCUCAGCUACGGAGGGAGCGCGCCUCUGCGCCCGCACCAGCGGUGCCCGCAGACCCGUCUCCGCUCCCCCCGCAGCGCGCCAGCCCUUGUGUCUCCGGCCGCAGGACCGGUGUCACACCCUCAACCAGCGCCACGACUGAGCAGGAGCAGCGGCGGCUUGCGGAGCAGCUGCCGCGCCUGUUGUCACCCAUGCUCGCGCUUGAUGAGGUGGCGCAGCCGCAGUGGGUCAGCCCUCCGCCACCGCUGCUGCAGCCGUCACAACCUCAGCAACAGCGGCAGGAGGACGUGGAGGAGGCGCAGGAGGAGGAGCAGGAUGAGGAGCAGGAGGCGCCCGCGACGAUGCCCUCCAGGCAGCCAGGACGAGGGGAGGCUGCACCGGCGGCGCCCGGAGCUGCCGCGGCCACACAGAGCGGAGCCGCUGGCGCCGGGCGGAGCAGCAAUGGUGCAGCUGCUGCCGAGGAGGUCGCCAUCUCGAGGUUGCCUGUGAAGGAGCUGGUGCCGCUGGAGCCACCGCAGCGACUGGAGUCAGCCUUUGGCUCCUCACCCUUCUCGCAGCUCAUGCGCGUCCUGCCGCUGUCGCGCCUACUGGCGCCGCUCCCGCCCGGCGCCCCGCCGCAACUGCGCGUGGCUAGUGCGGCCGCAGCCCGCGGCGUGCAGGGUGCGCUGAGGCCGCGCAAGGCAUUGGCUGUGCACACGCCUCCACAGGCCCAGCCCUCAACCUCCAGCGGUCAGCCUGGCAACGACCCGACUGUUGCAGAGGCUGCGGGCGGCGCGGUGCGGUCUCUGCUGCUGCAGUGCGGGGGCACAGGAAGCAGGGCAGGCGCAGGCGGCGGAGCAAGUGGCGGCGGUGGCGGCGCAGGAGGAAGCGACGUGGCUGCAGUGGGCCGGGGGCAGCAUCUGCGUCAGGCGAUGCGGCUCGCGCGCAUACUGGCCGCAGCCCGUUGCAGCACGCUGCGCGCAUUCCGGCCCCCACCGGCGCCGCCUCGGCCUAUCCAGGCAACGGUGCCCGACUCGAGCUGUGACGAUGCGAGCGGUGGACCAGCAUCGGCGGCUGGCGACGGAGAGGAGGACGCCUGCGAAGCCGCUCGCCUGAACCCAGAUCCUGAGGCGCUGGCAGCGUGUGCCCCAGGAGGCUUGGUACCGGCGGACGGCGCUGGCGCUGGUGAAGACACCAUCCGACGGAGGCGCCCAUCAGGUGGAAUGGAAGGCAUGCACCUGCAAAGCGAGCUGGAGCCGAUGGCCUCUGAAGCAUGGCCGCUGGAGGCGCUGGAGCUGCAACCGCCGUCCCAAUCAGAUGCCGCGCUGCGGCCACAACGUGAUCGGGGUGCACUAGCGGCGGCGGGCGACGGCGGCGUAGGCAUGCAGGGCAGUGGCGCUGAACGCGAUGCGCCGAAUUGCGUCAGCGCAGCGGCGGCUGGGGACGGUGCGGUGGAGAUGGAGUCAUGCGCAGACAGCCCGCCGAGUGGCGAUGGCGUGGUUGAUGAGAGCAGGCAGCGGCCUGGUGGGGAGGUGAUGCCCGCCGCGGCAGAGCAGGGGGGCGUGGGCGGCGGGGGUGCAUGUCGUGAGCAGCACACAGCGUGGAGUGGGCUGUCACUUGCGUUCCUGGCGGACGUGUUCAAUGCAUGAUGAGUGCCUAGUGAUUGGACACGAUGUGGGUUGAGGGGCUGCUGUCGAAGAGUGCUUGGCCUUCCAUGGACCUGGCAUGCACAAGAGGGACACUGACGAGGACAGCGGCGUUAGCGAGUGCCGGUGGCGGCAGGUACGGUAUUCUGCUGCUGUGAGCGGAAGCUUCGGGUGGAGCCCGUGAUGGAACAUGGCAAGGGGCAGGAAAGCGUAGUCCCGAUGUGUGUGGCUCCCACCCGUGCCCACAUAAAUGCGUAGCAAGAAGGGACAAGGCAUUGGUGCGUCGUUCGCGCGCUGUUACUGUACCGACGGUAGCUGGCAGGUUGUGUCGAUGUUUUGCUGACGCGCAUUCCUCACGCUCCGGGCGCCCGGCCAAGGCGAUAGCACCACACAGACUCAAUGCGACGCCACACCGCGCGGAUAGCAUAGCCGAUGCGCACCUGCAGGCAGUCGACCGGCGUCCACGGAUGAGCUGUGUAGACGAGCACUAGCGUAAUGCAACGGCGUGCAGCAAAACAAUGGCCGGGCGACAGUGUGACAAGCAGGGGCAAGAACAAGGCGAAGCAAAGCAGAAGAGGGGCCCGAAUGUGUACGACAAUUGUGGCGGGCAGGCCGAAUGCGGUGCAACACGCCAACAGCACAACCGGAGGUGAGGAAGCGUUGCUGAUGGUGAGGAUAGGUGCUGCGACGUUCGGUAGGGGAGCUGUGGCCGCGCACUAGAUGGGAGGAAGUUUCCGAGGUGUUGUUUCCGAGGCAUUGUUUGUGGCUGAUGUUUGUGGCUGAUUAAGAAAGAAGCAGAGUUUCGGCUGUGAGCGGCUGGCGAGGAGAGGCGGGGGCUGUUGCGUUUUGGAAGGCGGGCGGAAGGCCGCACACGCCGGGAGUCGGGCAGGCUGUAGAUUUCGCUGAAG